CGCUUCUUGGGGUGUAAUCCCUUACACGAUUCCGUCCAGUAACUACCGAACUACACCUUUAACUGCCUCAGACUUGAUAGUGGGUUGCUGGUCUUGCACCAACAUUCCAUCUCGACGAUCCCACACGUCCACAAAAAAGAUCACAGCGCCACGGCGACACAUGCGUGCGACGGCGACUGCGACUGCGCACCGCCAAUGUAGAGAGAGCCCAGCAUGUCGUCGGCGCCCAGACCGUCGACAUACGCCGAAAAGCGCAGCAGCGGCAUGGCAGGCCUCGGCGACCGGGGCUCUGCAGCCUCUGGCGGCUCCGGCUCGGCCUCGUCGCACACGCGCCCGCGCAUGUCGGACGGCCAGGGCGGCGGUCUCAGGACCGAGCAGAAGACCAGCAGCAGCCGCUAUGCCGAGUCCACCCACAAGCGGUCCACGUCGGGCCAUCCCAGCUCGAACCCCAACGCAAACCCGCGCUCCGCCAGCAGCUCGUUCGAGGAGCGCCGCACCGAGAAAGUGCAGGUGACCACGCGCGAGACCAUGAUGACCCGUACGCGGAGCCCUUCACGCCGCAGUGCGGCCGCCGAGAAGAGCAGGACGGCCGACGGGCCCAAGCAGCGCGUCUCAGAUCCGCGGCCGAGGGAGGCCCGGCAGGAGACGCCCGUUCCAGACAAACCCCAUCCCGCUCCAUGGGAGCCCGAGGCGACCUUGCUCCCCCAUACCACGGCGCCGCUGGCGUGCCGCAUCUCGAUCCCCCCGCUCGCCUCGGCCGCCCCCUCGACCCUGCAGCCACGGCCGCUGCAUGAGCUAUCCCUCGAGGCGCAGGAGGCCGCCAUCAUCGAGGACCUCCUUUUUGCGUUCAUGGGAUUUGAGGGCCAGUACAUCCGCUUCGCAAAAGGCUACAACCCCUUCGAGGAACGCGACCGCCUGUCCGGGCCCCAAUGGCGCCUUCUGCACGGCCUGGACCCCAGUCUGCAGGAUCUCACCCUGUCCAUGCUGCGAAUGGCCAGCCACUAUACCGCACUCGAGACUUUCGUCGACGUGCAGAGCCGCGACGAGUUUGGCUCUGUCAACCACGCCCUGUGCGCCUCGAUACGGAAACUGCUUCACGAGUACCUGGUCAUGGUUGCCCAGCUCGAGACUCAGUUCCUCUCUGACGACUCAUUUACUCUGCAUGUGCUCAACCUGCACAUACUUCCGACCAGCCACAUGAUGGCCCAGCUCUACGCCCUGGCCCAUGAGCUCCUAAAACGGAAUGCCCUGCUGGACGAAGAGACGGAUGAAUCCAGUGACAGCAAUGAUGACUUCGACCAUAUUCUCGAGCAGCUUAGGGAAGGCGGCGAGCUGGUGCCGGGGAAUAUGACGGGCAAGAAGAUAUGCAAGGGCGGCGUGGUGCUGGGCGUGAUCACGAAAAGGCUGGAAGCCAUGUCGGGAGACCCUGCCGCCCGCGCGCUGCUGACGACGCUCCUGCGCGAUGCCAGCCGUCCCUACAUGACCAUGCUGAACGAGUGGCUGCACCAUGGUGCCAUCAAUGACCCGCAUUCCGAGUUCCUGAUCAAAGAGCAGCGGAGCAUCCGUCGGGAGAGGUUGGAGCAAGACUACACCGACGAGUACUGGGAGCGGCGAUACACGAUUAGGGAUCACGAUGUCCCCCCGCAGUUGGAGGGCGUCAAGGACAAGGUUUUGCUCGCCGGCAAGUACCUCAAUGUGGUCCGGGAAUGUGGCGGCGUCGACGUCAGUCUGCAGGUCAGGGACGUGCCUACGUCUUUCGACGACAGCCGGUUUCUCGACAACGUCAACAACGCCUAUGCCCACGCCAACGAGUCUCUUAUGCGGCUGCUCCUGACGGCCCACGAGCUCCCGGCGAGGCUGCGGUCGCUAAAGCACUACUUCUUCCUCCAUCCGUCCGACUAUUUCUCGUAUUUCCUCGAGCUGGGUGCUUCCGAGUUGCGCAAGCCUGUCAAGUCGGUGAACACCGCCAAGCUGCAGUCCCUGCUUGAUCUCGUGCUGCGCCAGCCCGGCAGCGUAGUAUCCCUGGAUCCGUUCAAAGAGGACGUCAAGGUGGAGAUGAACGAGAUCACCUUGAUCAAGUCGCUCCAGCGGGUGGUCAACAUCACGGGCAUGGAGCAGGGCGAGACGCUCCAGCUAUCGUCGAGUAACCAGCCACUCGAGGGGGACAAGAACGCGAACGGCUUCACCUCGCUGCAACUCGACUACGCCGUCCCUUUCCCCGUCUCACUUGUCAUAAGCCGCAAGACCAUCUGGCGCUACCAAGCGCUUUUCCGCUAUCUGCUCUCGCUGCGUUAUCUGGAAUCCCAGCUAUCGACGACCUGGCAGACACACACGAGGGGGUUCGUCUGGUCGUACAAGUCGUCGGCGCCGAGUCUCGAGAUCUGGAAGCGCCGGGUGUGGACAUUGCGCGCGCGUAUGCUCGUGUUCGUUCAGCAGCUGCUGUACUUCUGCACCGCCGAGGUCAUCGAGCCGAACUGGCAGAGCCUGAUGGCGCGUCUGCGGGGGAACGAUGGUGGCGCCGGCGGCCCAGACGGCGAGCCGGACGGUUCAGCCACCGGCGUUACCCGCACCGUCGACGAGCUGAUGCAGGAUCAUGUGGACUUCCUUGACACUUGUCUGAAGGAGUGCAUGCUGACCAACAGCAAGCUGUUGAGGAUUCACUCAAAACUGAUGCAAACCUGCACCGUCUUCGCAACCUACACCAACUGGCUCUCGCGCGAACUUGAGAAGGCCGAUCCGGACCUGUCCGGCACCACCAAACCACCCAACAUGACGCCCGAACAAUGGCGCCACUUCCAAUCCAUCCGCUCGCAGAAAUCGUCCUCAUCACACCAACAACAGCAGCAGCAGCAACAACAACAGCAAGACCCGAACUCCUCCUUCCCAACAACAACAUCCACCGCCGAACCUGCCGCCGCAGCCGACGCCCGCAUCGCCGAGCUGUUCGACGUCAUUCGCAAGUGGGAGACCAACUUCAGCCGCCACCUGCAGAUCCUGCUCGACGCCCUCAACCACUACGCCGCCACCGAGACCGUCGUGCUGCUGAGCCUCUGCGCCCGCCUGAGCACCGCGAACCAGGGCACCGAGUACGCCGGCCUGCGGAGCGACGAGGAUGGCCUUGUUGUGUAACGGCGCUGCGCACACACCGUGUCCGGGGGUGUAAGGGGUAAAAGGGAGGUUUACCGGGUUCUGAUUUUUUUCUGGUUUGGUUUGGUGGUGUGUGUGUUCCGGACAUUGUAAGGUGUCUGCCUGUCUGUCUGAAUGAACGAAGCAAAUGAUGAUGAGAUGAGAUCGGAUGAGACAUCUUCUUGACCGGCCCGGGAUCAGUCGUCACGCGAAAAGGAG